CACCGGGGGAAUCCGCCCGUGGGACCGUUGCGGGUCGGGUCACUGCCCUCGGGGUCAAACGGCCGCCCGGGGUCAGUGGGUGGAAAAAAUCCCCCCCCCCCCUUCACUGACCCUUUCAACGCUUCUGCCCGGGGCUCUCUGCGCCUUGGCCACGCCGCACAAAUCCCGUCACACGCACACCACAGGCAGCGGCUUCCCCGCCCCUCCCCCCUGCUCUACCCAGCCCCACUGAGCCUCGCCCAAGCACCCACCCCUACACAUCCCGAGCGCGACCCCUCUGUUUUACUGUCUAGUGACGUACAGCUUCGAGGUCUUAAACGUGCCUCUGGAUAUUUGAUUCAUUGGCCACGGUUUUUCCAUUUUACUAUAAAAUCGGAGAAAAGAAUUGGCAUUAAGGAUAUUUAUGCAACAUUAAUCUCAUAAUGGUCGGGUUUUUUUUUUUUUUAAAUGGUCAUAUUUUUAAAAAUCUUUCCUUCAUGCUACUGCCUGAAAAAGUUAGGCCUGGUCUACACUAGAAAAGUUUUACUGAUAAGACUGUCAGCGGGUGUGAUUUUCCACCUGUACAGCUAUAAGCCAUAUUGUGGGUGCAGUUAGAUAUGUAUAAAAGUACUUUAUACUGGUAUAGCUUAUUUUGCUUCCCAACCCAGAAUAAGUUAUACUAGUCUAUGCAUUUUGAUACAAAUAUAAUUACAUUCACCCUAUGAUAUUUUUGAUAUUUUAACUACAUGAGUAUAAUUUAAAGAGACAAAACUUUCAGGUAUAUACAAGCCCUUAUGUGCAUGCUUAAAGUUAAACGUGAGUAGUCCCAUUGAGUAGCCCUAUUGGAGUCAAAUACUUGAAGUUAAGCAUGCAAGUCUUUCCAGGAUUGGGACCUUAAUAACUAAAUGUGAAAAGAUCAAAUGACAACUAUCAAGCUCAGAGAAUAAAAUACCAAAAUUAUUGUUUCAUAUAGAAGACCAUGAUAACUGUGAUCAAGAUAUUAUUGCAUCACUUUUUUUUCUGAUACAAUUUUUCUGCGGUCAAAUUGCUUUUUUUAUUGUGCUGCAGCUUGAAUUAAAUGUGCACACAGAGUGAGGAUCAGAAUAAAUUGUGAAGCAGUGCAGCAUUCCUUGUGAAGAAAACUUCUGAACAGUGGCAAACCAGGUAAGAUCAUCUGGUGAGAACAAGUCCAGGUCCACAGUGCUUAGGAGGGAUACUAAACCAUAUCCAGAAUUCUUAGCAAAUAUAAAACUAAAAUAGUUUCUCUGAUUAGGUGGAUUCUAGCCCUGUGCUUCCUUCAGGUAAUUUGCUAAUUAAUUACUCUCCCCUACUCUGGAAACCUAAUUAUAUCAACUGAAGCAGGUUGGGGGACCUGACAUGAAGCAUUAGACUUCCCAUUGUUUAAAAGUGAGGAGGGGCUUGCCUGUAACACUCUCUGAGCAGGAUAUAUGCAAGCACCUACACAGACAUUAAUGUUCUACUUCUAGUAAGUAAUAUUUAUUGAUAAAUACCAAAUGUAUUAACUCUUGGAGCCCUAAGGAUGAGAAUCCUCAUUCUUAAGAUUCUAAGGUGAGGAACGUGACCUGCAUUAACUCUACCAUCAUCUCUCUCCUUCUCUUUUCUUUGUAGUUGCCCUACCUCCUUCCUCUUUUUUGAGUGAGGCAUGCUUUGUGCCUGUUUCUUCUUUGCCCUGCAUCUGGGCAUGAGUUCCCCUGGGCUCCAAACUAGAGUCUAUCUGUUCCUCGCCUGCUUUCCCCUUGCAUCCCAUCUACCAACCUCCUCUUGGUUUUUGGCCUGAGCGAGUGACUGACAACUAGCUGUGAGGAGAGGUGUCUCACUGCUGCAGGAAGGGAAAAGCUUCCAGCAAAAGGGAAGCAGGGCCAAUUGAGGCUCAUUUUAGGCAAGAGUGAUGACCUAGCUGUGCCUUUCAGUCACCCAAAAAAAUGCUACUAGAGUGCUCUAGCACAGUGUUUCUCAACCUUUUUAAAUGCCAGCGACCAGCUUGGUGCUUUCCUAAACUGUGUCAGGAAGAUUUCAGGAACUAGCGCUGGUCCACAGACCGGUCGUUGAGAAACAUUGCUCUAGCAAGUCUUACAGAACACUUAGGUGCAGUCCGGUCCUUAAAGUGAUUAACAUUUAGGAUUGGCCAGUAUCUAAAGGAUAACUGCUUUAUUUUAUUUUAUUUUUUUUAAUUCCAAGAGGAAGCUUUCAAUCCUUUAGCCAGCUUGACAAGUCAGGGGAAUAUGGCUGUUCAUACAAUCCUUUGGCUCUGUUAUUUUUGCCAGGCAUUUUCCCCAGAGGCUGCUUUCCCUCAUGGGAGGCGGAGGGAGAGAUGGGACCCCAGGCUUCUUUCAAGGGCAAGCAGGAUACAAUGGGAAAGCACAAAAGAGAGUCCCUACAAACCUAUAGCUGGUGGAGAGGACCACAGAAAAAACGAAAGAAAAAGAACAAAAUAAAAGCAGGAAGAACAGACUAUGUUAGUGUUGUUAAUCUUCCAAUCAGACCAGAUUUCUCAAUAGUUGUAGGAGAGCUAACUCCUGAAGUGGAUGAUUUUCAACUCUAUGAUUAUUUUGUGAAAAGGUAUCCUACAUGCAUUGACUGCAAAAUAGCCACAGACCUAUUGGGAUACUCCAGGGGGUAUGGCUUUGUCAGAUUUGGUGAACAAGGUGAUCAGAUGAGAGCAUUGCAAGACUGCCAAAAUGCACCAGGUCUAGGUGGAAAACGAAUCCGACUGAGUAUAGGAAUUUCUAAAAGAAUGAAAGCAGAAUUCCAGCGGUAUCAGUCCUAUAACUAUAAUGAUUAUUAUCAAGAUUAUCAGAACUACUACUCACAGUGGGGUUAUGAUCCUUAUGCUGAUUACAACUAUAGCUAUCCUUCCUAUGACAACAUGCAAGCUGUUGGAGAUUCUGUUAUAGGAGACUCAAUUCUGACUCCAGCUGUAUUUGAGGAGACCCCAACUGUAGCUGAAAGCAAUGAUGAACUAAUAACUGAAGAUCCACAGCUCCAUCUGGAUGUUGAUGAAAUGAACAGGCAAUUUAUGGAGAGAAGUGAAGAACUCUAUGACUCACUCAUGAAUUGUCAUUGGCAGCCUCUGGAUACGGUCACCUCUGAAAUCCCUAAUGCUUUCUAAAAGUGUCUUACAUGAAUAUAUAGCAUGACCGUUAUGACCAAGGUGCUAACAUUACAUUUCUUCUACAUUACUCUAGACCAUAAGUUUUAAAGCACAAGGAUGGGUUGUUUUGCUAAGCUUUUGACCGCCUUUGUAAUUUUUGUUCAUCACUCUACUCAUGAAGCAUCUUGAAAUCAUGUAAAUAUUCUAGAAAUGUAAAGAGUUGAAUAGAAUCUCAAGAUAGACUUGCUUGUGUAAAUAAAACCUCGUUUCUGCAAA